CACAUGUAGACCAGUGUCAUCCAUCAGAGUUUAAUCUGUGAGUGCGGCACAGUUUAAACUCUUUAUUCCCAUUUUUCAGAACUAAAAUGAUUUCAGUUAUAAAAGCAGUCGUUGUUUUUUACUCUCAGGCCUCUGAGGACUUACUGUCUCUGAUGUUUCUAGGGUGUAUUUCAGUCUGAUGUAAGUUCCUGUUUUUAACAGAUGAGGAGAUAAAAAUUCAAAUAUAAGAGUUGCACACUGCUCCUUUCACUCAAACUCCAACUCAAGAGUGUUGAAGCUACACCAAGAGAAAAAAGAAGAAGAAGAAGAGGGUAAUUCUGCGGAAAACGAGCGCUCAUUUUUUUUAAACUCUUGCUUUCUUGAAGUCAGGGUGUUUAUGUUUGACCGUUACGGGGUUUAAAUCUUCACUCUGUUCUCCUCUUCUUCCUCCUCAGCUCCACCAUGAAGCUCCUGACUGUCUCUGCUCUCCUCUGUGGCCUGUUCGCUCUAACAGCAGCUGUUGGUGAGGAAAUCUUACAUACCCCACACACCCAAUCAGUAGAGAAUAAUAUCUCUAAAAUAGAUCGGAUCAGUACAGAGGAAAGGCACCUGAUCAGAAUAAUACCAAGAUUUUUUGUCCAUUGUUUGCAUUGUGGUUUUUGGUGGUUUUGUGAUGUUUUUUUUCUCUUUGUUGUUGUAUGUUGUGUUUUCUUCUUCUUCUUCUUCUUCUUAUUAUUAUUAUUAUUUAUUUAUUUUUUAUUAUUAUUAUUUUAUUUUAUUUUAUUUAUUUAUUUAUAUAUUUGCAAGGGGUUUUUUGUUUUGUUUUUUUGUCCUCUGUUUUUUCUUCAAAUCUUUUUUUUAUUUUUUUUAUUUGAUUUCUUUGAUUAUUUCUUAUAAUUUUUGGCUAAUUGUUAUUUUUGUAGUGUGUUCUCUUGUUAAUUGAUUUUUUAAGUUUCUUUUUUUGUUGAUGUUAGUUGUUGUUAUUCAUUGUUCUGUUUUAUUUUAUUUGUUUGUUAUCUUGAUUGUUGCUUGUUGAAAUGUUUAUUACAAUAUUGAAGGUUUUGAAAAGUUAUCUUUGCUGAUUGCAAUUUGCUCCAGUUAAAUCUUGGUUUUUAGUCAUAUUUUAAACAGCAUGUUAGCUCAUGUGGUUUCACAUUGAGUUAUGCUCUUACGUGUUUUUAAACUGGAAUAUGAUAUUGUAUGUUUCAGGUGUCUUUUUCAUGAUGUCUUAUUAGUUUCCUUGUAUAAAGCGGUGUUCGCAACAAUACACUCAGUGUAACUCCUCAUUAUGUUUCCUUCAGAGGAGCUGGAGGAUGUUGUGAAGAGGACAUCGCCCCCUUUCUGUACGGAAAGCUCUAAGCUACAGCAGCGUGUUUUCAUCUUUGUGGACAAAAAACUGACCUGGGCUGAAGCUGAGGUACGAAAACAUUUUCUAGCACUGCGGGACGAGUCUGUGUCAGAAAGCUGGAGUUACACUGGCUCAUCUUUGACUGAUAAACCUGAACUUUAAAUAUUACAUCAGAGAUAGGAGAGACUGACUGAACAGGAACAGAAAACUUACUCUGUCACGUCUGUUGAGAAAUUGGCUUUACAGGAAACUUUUCUCGAAGUUUUGUUUAGUUUUUUUGUUAAAUCCUUCCUUUCUUUCUGUUCCACACAUCUUUCAGAGUAACUGCGUCUCUAUGGGUGGCCAUCUGGCGUCUGUCCAUUCACUCGCGACGCAUAAUCUUGUCAGGCGUCUGAUAAAGCGAAGAGCCAAUCGGAACUCCAACGCCUGGAUUGGAGGCUCUGAUCAAAGCUGGGUACGUCAUCUAUCACUGCAGAAACCUGUUCUAAGGAGCCAGACCUCUUCUUAAAACUUGAGCAAGUGAAUCCAGCUGUUGUUGGAUGUGAUUCUUUCGGUUGAUGCUGACUCUGUAAAAAUAUGUCUGAUGCGAUUUUUGUACUUUUUAGGAAAGUGUUUGGCAAUGGACUGAUGGAACCUGUUUCCACUACAACAAGUGGCUCACCGGACAGCCUAAUAACUCAGGCAACCAGGACUGUCUGCAAAUAAGUCUCAAUGGUAAAUAACCGAUCUCAUCGUUUUACCUGGGCAUACCUGUAAGAUAGUGUAUAGAAGACAUAGUGAGGGGUUCAGCUUCAAGACUGAUUCUCAGAGGUCAUGUUGGCCGGUUGUACCAUGUAGGCAUAUGCUAGGGUAGCUUCUGUUUUUGGAUGAAGUUCUCUCUGUCUCUCUCUCUCUCACUCUCUCACUCUCUCUCUCUCUACUGCCAUUCUGAACUCCAGACCGAGGACAUACCCCUUCUCUCAGGCUUUUUAUUGCCUGUUAGUUUCAUUUUUUUCCUGCUUUUGGUUAUUCAUUGUCCAUAUUUUAAUCAUGUUUUGCUUAUUUCUUGUUUGAUGUUAUUGUAGAGAAUUUUGAUUGUUUUAAUUGUGCGUGGUAGCUAAACUCCUUUGAACUGUGGUAUAUCCUGUUAGAAAUAAUAGCAGCUCAUCUUGAUCUGUCUCAGUACAAUCUCUGCCUCCUGCUGUUUGACAGAAUCAGAAUUUAAGGAUUCUCCUCUGUGUUUCUGAUGUUUACAGGCUGGGAGGAUCGUCGGUGUAGCUGCCGUCAGCCCUCUGUCUGUGCUUUGGUCCUGUUCUACCCUCUGGUCCGUUAAGUCACAUUAACAGGUGGAGGUGUGUUUGAACCUUUAUGAGAAUCAGAUUCCAGAGAACCGCGCUGAGUCUCUUUAUUUUCUCUUUCCUAUCGCUGAGACACUGCAGGAAGAUCAUGGUACAAGGAUGAGGAGCUUAUUAAUCUGUUGAAUCAGAUUGUCUGAUGGAGAAUAGCUUUCAGCUUUAUUUCUGUAAUAGUUCCUUACUGAUCUGAUGCUAAAAUAAAAGCUUCAAGCAUUAAAAACCUGCUCUGAGCAACAUGGUUUGUUUGUACUGUCUGGCUGAAAUCUUC